UAGAUACCGAGUGAUUCGGCGCUGAAAAGGAAGGAGAGUAGUUUAGCAAGGGUACAACACAGGCACUGCUAGCUGGGCCAGCAGCAACAAUAUUUAAAUCAGCGUCCACCAAGUUACCUUGCUUUCGAGCAUCGUGACAGCUCAGAGAUUGAAACAUGGCUGAUAAAGAGGUGUAUGAUGAUGCAGUGGAAGAAAGGGUCAUCAAUGAAGAGUACAAGAUCUGGAAGAAAAAUACACCUUUCCUGUAUGACCUGGUGAUGACUCAUGCAUUAGAGUGGCCCAGCCUUACUGUCCAGUGGCUUCCAGAUGUCCGCAGGCCAGAGGGAAAGGACUACACUGUCCACAGGCUGGUUUUAGGGACCCAUACAUCAGAUGAGCAGAACCACCUUGUGAUCGCCAGCGUCCAGGUACCUAAUGAUGAUGCCCAGUUUGAUGCCUCUCACUAUGACAGCGAGAAAGGAGCAGAGUUUGGUGGGUUUGGUUCAGUAAGUGGAAAAAUAGAGAUCGAAAUCAAGAUCAACCAUGAGGGAGAGGUAAACCGAGCCCGCUACAUGCCCCAGAAUCCCUUCAUCAUUGCCACCAAGACCCCCACAUCUGAUGUGCUGGUCUUCGACUACACUAAGCACCCGCCUAAACCAGAUCCCAGUGGGGAGUGUAAUCCUGACUUGAGGUUGAAAGGUCACCAGAAAGAGGGGUAUGGCCUUUCCUGGAAUCCCAACCUCAGCGGCAACCUUCUUAGUGCCUCUGAUGACCAUACCAUCUGUCUAUGGGACAUUGGAUCUGGCCCAAAGGAGGGGAAGAUUGUGGAUGCCAAGACCAUCUUCACUGGCCACACAGCAGUGGUAGAAGAUGUUUCCUGGCAUUUGCUCCACGAAUCCCUGUUUGGCUCAGUGGCCGACGACCAGAAACUCAUGAUAUGGGACACUCGAUCCAAUAACACAUCCAAAGCCAGCCACUCGGUAGAUGCUCACACUGCUGAGGUCAACUGUCUGAGCUUCAACCCCUACAGCGAGUUCAUUCUUGCCACUGGUUCUGCUGAUAAGACUGUUGCAUUGUGGGAUCUAAGGAACCUCAAACUGAAGCUCCACUCGUUUGAAUCCCACAAAGAUGAAAUUUUCCAGGUACAGUGGUCUCCUCACAAUGAGACGAUCCUGGCCUCUAGUGGCACUGACCGACGUCUCAAUGUCUGGGAUCUCAGUAAAAUUGGGGAGGAGCAGUCAGCAGAGGAUGCAGAGGAUGGCCCACCAGAACUGCUGUUCAUCCAUGGUGGCCACACAGCCAAGAUCUCUGACUUCUCCUGGAACCCCAACGAGCCCUGGAUCAUCUGCUCGGUGUCUGAGGACAACAUCAUGCAAGUCUGGCAGAUGGCAGAGAACAUCUACAAUGAUGAGGAGCCAGACAACACCCCUGCAUCAGAGCUGGAGGCUCAGGGAUCUUAACCCACCUCUCUCCAGGCACGACCCCUCCUCCACUCCCUGAGCUCCAACCUAGCCCAGUCUGUCAUUUCCCUCUCUAGCUUAACAUGAGUGCAAAAUGAAAAAUCUGCUCUCCAAUGUGGCGAGUUAGAGACAGCAUGGACUCUGCUCUUCCUAACAGACAGUUGGAUUUAGACUUUACCAUUGCUCAGGUCCCUGAAAGCACAUAAGCACUUGGAGUAGGAUGAGAUUUGAAAUGUUCUGCCUGCUCAGGUUGUAUUUCCGGAGUUUGAGGAUUUUAAGAGCAGAAAACCUUUUGUGCACAAAGUCACUGUAAGUUGUUAAGACCAGUUAAUCUGUUCAUUACAAGCAAGGAAAAUGAUAGGACGUAUUUACAUUUUGACUAAUGAAUAGCGAGGAAGCCACUGAAUUGGCUUCCCUGAGGAUGUAAACAUUCAAAGAAACCCAGACAACAGAAGAUGACCUGAGCACUUAAAUGCUUUUGGGAAACCUGGUCUACAUCCCUCUGAACUGUGAUUGCUGCCAUGCUGGUCAUGUCCAGAGAAACUUUAUUUGAUACCUUUUUUCACCCCUGUUGUGUAUUAGUGGCUUUUAAUUUGGUUAUCUAAUAUGAUAUUUAGCUGACACAUCACUGCUGUCCUUUUGAAGAAACAUUCCCUGUUGUGUUUGCCUAAAGGUACCUAAGCUCUUCAGUAUUUGGCAGGGACUUCAUUAGUGCACUUGAGGGAAAUGCACCUUUCUUAUCCUCUCCUCUUUCUGUUGUUACAUAAUAAAUUACCAUGUUUUGUUUCCUGCACCACAAAUUGCAAUAAAACUUUUGUAACUUUUCAAAAAGAAGUUUCUCAUUAAUGUAAAAUGUAAAUUUCUAGAUUGAACAGUGGCUGAACAGUUUUACUAUUCAUUUUUAAGAAAUGCUGCACAUACAAAUGACACCACCUGUUAAAUUCACUUCGAGGAAAUGACCCAAAAUGACUCAGUGAGGAAAUAACUCCAUCGUAAAUAAUAAUUGCAAAUCCUACAAAAUGUUUAUUGAAAAGCAAGACAGAGCUAUAAGAACAUUGUACAAUCAAAGGGGGUGUGGGCUUUUUUCUAGUAAAAAUAAAGCUCUCUGAAGCUA